AUGAAAGCGAUUGAUGAAGAAAAUGGUGGCUUUUUUUUCCUGGACGCCCCCGGUGGGACUGGUAAAACAUUCCUCAUGGCAUUAAUUUUGGUCACUGUUCGUGCGAUAUUCCGACAUUGCGGUAGCAGUUGCUCUUCUGGAAUAACGGCUACAUUGUUAGAAGGAUGUCGUACGGCUCAUUCAGCGUUUAAAUUGCCGUUAAACCUUCAAACUACCGAGCAACCGAUAUGUAAUAUUGCGAAGCAUUCUGCAAUGGCUAAAGUUUUAGUAGCAUCUAAAAUCAUCAUCUGGGACGAAAGCACAAUGGCGCACAAACGCGCAUUAGAAGCACUUGACAGAACAUUGAAAGAUCUUCGCAAUGACUCGAGAUGUUUUGGAGGCGCAAUGAUUUUACUGUCUGACGAUUUUCGCCAAACACUCCCAGUCAUUCCAAAAUCGACUGCUGUGGACGAAAUAAAUGCUUGCCUUAAAUCAUCAAAUCUUUGGCGCUAUGUGAAGAAACUUCAGCUGGUAACAAACAUGAGAGUUGCAUUGGUAAACGAUACAUCUGCUGAAGAGUUCUCCAAGCAAUUGCUGUUAAUCGGUAAUGGCCGUGUAGCUGUUGAAAAAUCGAGCGGAUUAAUUGCAUAUCCUUCAAAUUUUUGCAAUUUCGUCUCAUCAAAAGACGAACUCAUCAAUGAAGUAUUUCCGAACAUCAUUGAUAAUCAUAAAAACAAAAAAUGGUUGAGUGAGCGAGCAAUUUUGGCAGCUAAGAACAAAGAUGUGAAUGACUUAAGCUUUGUAAUUCAAAAUCAAAUCGUUGGUACUCUGCAUACAUUCAAAUCUAUUGACUGUGUAACAAACGAAGAAGAAGCUACCAACUAUCCAACUAAAUUUUUGAACUCCUUGGAUGUGCCUGGCUUACCACCGCACAAUUUACAAUUAAAGAUUGGUUCGGUAGUCAUUAUGUUUCGAAAUCUAAACCAACCAAAACUAUGCAAUGGAACGCGAUUAGUGAUAACAAAACUGAUGGCCAAUGUGAUUCACGCAAUGAUACUCAAAGGAAAAUUCAAAAGUGAUGAAGUUCUCAUUCCGAGGAUUCCAAUGAUCUCAAUCAAUAUGCCCUUUGAGUUUAAACGAAUUCAAUUUUCUAUUCGGCUUGCAUUCGCUAAGACUAUAAAUAAAUCACAAGGCCAAUCCUUUAGUGUUUGUGGUCUGAAUCUAGAAAAUGCAUGUUUUUCACAUGGUCAAUUGUACGUGGCAUGUUCACGUGUAGGCAAACCAUCUGCUUUAUUUGUUCUUGUGCCUGAUAAAAAAACAAAAAAUAUCGAAUAUCACAAGGUUCUUUAUUGA